ACUACAUUUCACUAUCAUGGCUGAAGAUGUGAAAAAGCGCUUGCUUGAAUAUAAUAAGAUGAGGGAAUCGAGAUGUUUGCUAGAAGGAAAGAGUGAAAUGUAUUGGCUCAGGCCCCAGAAAAAACAUUAUCCUCAAAGUAAUCGGGCUUCACUAGAGAACUACAAAGAAGAAAAACAGGAGUAUGACAGCGGCAGGACAUCCUGGAUAAAAAUAACUCCUCCUAAUAAAGAAAAACGGCAUUUUCCUGAAAAAACCCAGUUCCAGUGGUUGCUCAAUAUGAAUUAAUGUAUCUUGUGAUGAAGCGAACAG